CAUUCAUUCAUUCAGGUGUGCAGAAUUAGCGUGUAGACAUCACAUAAGUGGUGCUCUGUCGGUGUAGGAUUGAAUGCAAGAGUUAAACUUCCCUCAAGGCUGAUUAUUUACUCGAAGUUUCUCUGGAUAACUUUCAUCUGCAUUUAGAAGCUGUCUAGUUGACCUCCACUGGAAUAAAGCUCAAGAGACACAGGCUAGCGGGAUGGAACAGGGCCGAUUGAAGGAGAGCACCUCAGACCCUGGCGGGGAGAUGACCGAGGAGAGCUUUCUAAAAGAUCUUUACUUCUUUAUGAAACAGAGUGACAAUCCAAUAGAGAGAGUCCCUCACCUGGGCUUCAAACAGAUUGAUUUGUACUUGAUGUACAAGACGGUCAAAGAGCUGGGAGGCUAUCAGCAGGUAACUGCGCAGCAGUUGUGGAAGAAGGUUUACAACAUACUCGGAGGAAAUCCACGCAGCACAAGCGCAGCCACAUGCACGCGCAGACACUAUGAGAAGCUUCUCCUUCCUUAUGAGUGUCACCAAACUGGAUAUGGGGACAACAUUGUGUUCAGGACCCCACGGACACAAAAACGCUUCCACCCCAGCAGCUACAGUGAAUUUGAGCAUGAAUACAGGAGUGGAAAAAGAGUGGAUUAUCAACACAUUCCAGUAUUUCCACCGCCCUCUCCAGGCAUGUUUGUGGAGCAUGAGAGACAGAUGUUCGGCUUGCCUUUGAACAUCCCACCGUACAUCUCGCAAGGCGGCGCAUCUCUACCAAAUUUCCUCACCCACCAUGAAUCCACACAGCCCCAUCUGAGCCUCAACUCGCCAGAUCAUCCUACCCGAACCCCUGCUUCAUAUCUAUCCGAAUCCUCUCCAGAGGUCCAGAGCUGCAAACAGUCGCUUGACCUUCUACGUCACCUGGCCAAAGAGUACAAGUCAUCAGCUGGCUGGGAGGAGCCUCUCAAUCUGAGCUGUAAACAAAACCCACUAGACACACGGGGUGACAUUCAAUCAUCUUUCAGCCCACCGGCUUCUAAAAAACCCAAGUUUCUCAAUGAAGCCUCACCGCUUUACCCUCCAAGGGCAUUGAACACGGAGGAAGGAGCAGAUCAAGCCGAAACCACGGAGGAAACUUCCCCAGUGGGACCCAGCCCGGUGUCAUCUGAUGUCAUCGAUCUUACCUCCUCCUCGGGUGCCAAUCCAGUGCCACGAAGAGCCAGCCCACCAUCGGUUCAUAUGUUCAACAGGAGAAUGAACUACCCCGACGCCUUCACGAUGAAACGCGACCGAGAUCAACAUGACGACUGGCAGAAAGAAGAAUCUAAUCUAAUCCAAAAUAAUUACCAAACAUUCGAUUCAAAUGGCAAUAUGGAGAUCCAGAUUCCUCUCAGGCUUUUUCAGGAAUUAAUCCGGAGAGGACUGCUCUCCAGCCCAGCUUUAUCUGGACACAAGCUUCUGUCCCAAGACCCACCCAAAACUGACACCCCGCCUGUACCCAAGUUACAUGUGAGGUCCCACUCAUCCGAGAGUUCCCCCCUGAGUAAAGAGCCAGAAGAUCUGAGCUUCAGAAACCCUUUGAGAAACCGAAGCCUGCAAGACGGCGGUGUGAAGAAGCCCCAGUCAUUUGGCGGCACAGAAGAACAGAAGCCCCAGAGCAUCUUCGGUUCUUUUCAAAACAAAAACCCUGUUAAGUUCUCUUUUGAUAGGGACGUAACGCCACCUCACCCUAAACCAGCAUCUAUGACAAAAAACCAAGAUCACAUGAGGCCCAGAUAUGCUGACAACACUCUGCUCUCUUUGACCAUGACGCCAAAAUCGGACAAAACGAUGACGAUAUCAUCCAUUGUGCCAAAGGAAAGGUCUUCCUCGCCAUCUCUGAUGCAGGUUACAUCAGACCACCUGAAACUUCUCCUUGCAAAUUUUCCCUAUAGACUGGAAAGGGGGCCGACAUUUUAAAACUGUAUGUUUCUGAACGUCCUAAUCUUGCCACGUCAGCCUGUUUGGUUGGAUUACACAAAUAUGAGUGAAGAUGAACUGAGAAAUGUGGAAUGAAAAGCUUUCGCCCGUAUAUUUCUGUGUGAGCAACUGUAGCAUCAAAGAACUGUCAUCUAGCAUUCGCAGGUGGUUUUUAACGUUUUGUUAAUUAUGAUUAUGCUGUUAGCAUGACAAGUCAGCAAAGAUUUUUGCACCACUUACUGUAAAUAAUUUGCAUUGUGUGAUUUUAUAUAAAAAACAUAUAGAUGUGAGAAGUGAGCCGGUAACUGUGUACUGCGUGAAGGCCCAUUUUUUUGUCAAGACACCUGUAUGAAGAAGCCUGAAUCGGCAGCAUAGCACAAAACCUUUUUGUAAGUUUUUAUAAAAAACUAAAAUGUAAAAGCUCACAUGUUGCCUUUUUAUAUUUUUUUAUAAUUUUCACUCAUUUUAUGGAAAAACUUUGUACAUUUGUAAAAGCUUUAAUAAAGAAUAUAGCUAUAA